UGCAGUACAGAAGCAACCUCAACCCUUAAACCAGCUCAAAUCACUGCAAUCAGUAUGUGGCAAAGAACUGCUGCCAAUGAAAUGUGGCUGAUUUCCCUGGUUAUUUGCUCCUUUAUUGCAUUCACAAUUCAGGGGCCACAGUCCUCAGCACCUAUAGUGGACACUGAAUAUGGGAAAGUCCAAGGCAAACAAGUGAUACUACAAGAAUUUGAGAAAUCUGCCAAUGUUUUCCUGGGAAUCCCCUUUGCCAAAGCCCCCCUUGGAUCCCUGAGGUUUACUCCACCCCAGCCCCUUGAGCCCUGGGACUAUGUGAAGAGCACUACUACAAACCCUCCCAGGUGUGCCCAGAAUCCACUUGGAGGGGAGCUUGUAGCUAAAUUUUUUGAGAAGAUGAAUGAUAUGCCCUUGAAAAAUUCAGAAGACUGCUUGUACCUGAACAUUUACACCCCAGCUGACCUGACAUCAAAGACUAAGUUACCUGUGAUGGUGUGGAUCCAUGGAGGGGCUUUUUUGGGGGGUGAUGCUUCAACUCUUGAUGGGACAAAUCUCUCAGUUCUGGAGAAUGUUGUAGUGGUGGCUAUUCAGUACCGCCUGGGAAUCUUUGGAUUCUAUAGCACUGGAGAUGAACAUGCCCGAGGGAACUGGGGUUAUUUAGACCAAGUGGCUGCACUCCAGUGGGUCCAGAGGAACAUUGUAAACUUUGGAGGAGACCCAAACUCAGUGACCAUCUUUGGUGCGUCAGCAGGAGGUAUCAGUGUUUCAGCACUGGUUCUUUCUCCUUUGACGAAAAAUCUUUUCCACCGAGCCAUUUCCCAGAGUGGAGUUGCCCUUAUGGAAUCCCUGUUCAGUUCUAACAUUAAAUCAACAGCUGAGAAAAUUGCAGCCUUAGCUGGGUGUAAAACCAGCACUUCAGCCAGUAUGGUUCAUUGUCUACGGCAGAAGACUGAAGAAGAGAUCCUGAACACUGCUCAAAAGUUGGGACUAUUCACCUUGGAUUUCCAGGGAGAUCCUACACAGAAAAUCGUAUUGCCACCUACAGUUGUGGAUGGAAUAUUUUUUCCCAAAAGUCCCAAAGAGCUCCUUGCUGAAAAACAGUUCAAUCAUGUUCCCUAUAUUGUGGGAGUCAACAGUGAUGAAUUUGGCUGGAUACUUCCAACUCUCCUGGAAUAUCCUCUAUCAGGAGAUACAUUGGACCAAGAGACAGCAACAACUCUAUUAUGGAAUUCCUACCCACUUGUUAAAAUCCCCAGAGACCUUACUCCUGUGAUAACUGAGAAGUACCUUGGAGAGACAGAAGAUCCUGUUAAAAAGAAAGGCCGAUUUCUGGAUAUGAUGGGAGACUUGAUGUUUGGGAUUCCAUCUAUAUUAGUGGCUCAGCUUCACAGAGCUUCAGGUGCACCUACCUACGUGUAUCAAUUUCAACAUCAACCAAGUGUUUGGGGAAAUCUGAAACCAGCAACAAUAAAGGCAGAUCAUGGGGAUGAGUUUUUCUUUGUCUUUGGGAUUCCACUUGGAAAAGAGAGUUUUCCAGAAGAGGAGAAGCAACUUAGCAGGAAAAUGAUGAAAUAUUGGUCCAACUUUGCUCGAAAUGGAAACCCCAAUGGUGAAGGCCUGGUAAACUGGCCUGUAUAUGAUCAGAAUGAAGAGUACCUUCAAAUUGACAUUACCAUGAAGACAGACAAGAAGCUAAAGGAGAAGGAAGUGGCACUUUGGACUGAGUUCUUGUCAGAGAAGCCAGUUGGAGUCAAAAGAGAUAUUACAGAGCUAUAAUGUGAAAAGAUGCACAAUUUCCCUUUCACAAGAAGUUUCCAUGAAACUUGGUGAGGAUACCUUUCAGACUUGAGAUGGAUGUCUGGUUAUUUGGUGGUGGGAGAACUUUUCAGCAUGAAAGUAAAAGGAAUCAUAUGAGACCAGGGACAAUUGGGACCAGCCAAACAUCAACAUGUUGGGCAGUUAUUGGGAGUUAAGAGUCCAGAGCUCUUGCACAAGUUGUUGUUGUUGUUGCUAUUGUUGUUUUUUCUCAGAAUGCUGGAGUUUACCUAAUGUAUUAAAUGAAAUCCACUCUAUUCAUGAUUCUUAUUACCGUCCUUUCUUACUACCUUGUUAUAGAAUUUUAA